UAAGGGAGCUUGUCCGCCGCCAGUCGGUGGAGGGCGCGACAUCGAGAGCCACACGGCCGGUACUCGAGCUCGAAAGACGGCCACUUGAAACAUCACCCCCGCGGUGUUCUCCACCCGCGAGUUCGGAUGCGUACUCUAAGCAUUUGCUUCAUUGUCAUCCGAUUAAACAAUGUGACACCAGAAGGAGGCAGCUGCACUCCCAAUGGUCCACAAUCUCCCCUCACUCGAGUAGAAUGUACUUAAUGAACGUGCCCACUGUCGCGGCGCCUCACACCGAGUGGAGAGCAUGCGGACGCCCCGGCGCCUUUAGCAUUCCCGUCUGCCUCAAUGACUCGGACACGGAGUUGUCCACCGGGGGUUCUCCUAUCGCAAACAAGGUCCAGAUGAUCAUUGAGAGCCUGAGGAGCAGUCAGUCCUCACUCGAUAUGAGCGACCAGGUGGAGGGCAAUGUGCUUCAGGGACAGGACGGGCCCCCCCAGGCCUGUAAGGCGGCGGUGGGCUCCCUCGUGGCAGCCAAGUCCAAAACAAAAAACUGUUCAACCGAUGCAACUUUCAAGGACGGUGACCAGAGCAGCGAUAGCGACGAUUCCGUGGACAAAGGAAUCGAGGAGGCUAUCCUUGAAUACCUGAAGGAAAAGGAUGGCCACAAACGCAAGGUCGAACCUUUUGUCCAACCGUCCAGGCAAACCGUUCCUGAAAUGAAGUCGGAAGGCCAGUCCUUUUCCUUAAUGAGAAGCCACCUUUCCAAAAGUGUCAUCCAAGCCACACAGACAACUGCGCCCAUGAAGAAGUACAUUAAACACAAGGCCUCGCUUCACGAGGCCGCCGUCGGGAACUCUGAGUUGGCUCGCAUCAUGAUGCGAGAUCAGAUGACCAACAAGUCAAACAGUGUGGUACGGGACAUCAAAGUGAAAGACGCUUCCGACGACUCCAGCGACGACGGCAUCGAGGAGGCCAUCCAGAGGUACCAGCUGGAGAGGACGGAGCAGCAGACCAGGGGGGACGCUUUCAAACCGCUCGCCUCCGUGGAAGAAUCCGACUCCUCCAGCGACGACGGAAUCGAGGAGGCCAUUCGCAGCUAUCAGCUCGAACAACUCCGCGAUAAGAGCUCCCCCAAAUCUCAAGACAAGCUAGCGGUCAAUGCCUCCGGAAGCGCAGGCCUUGACAAACUCAAAAGGAAAAAUAAACCAGCGGAGAAGACAGCAAAUUGGGUGCAGCCGCCGUUUCCGAUUCUCUUGGAUGACUCGCUCAAUGUCAGCCAGAGAAGUGAAGGUAACGGUUUUCAUCUGUUGCGAACCGAAAGCUUUACGGAGCAGCCGGUUCCGAUCCUUCCCAAAGCCAAUACCACCGUCGAGCUGAUGUGCGCCGAAGCGAUACUGGACAUCUCCAAAACGGUCAUGCCGGGAGCCUUCGCGUCCCAUCUGGACACGGGUCCAAGUGGCAGCGCCCUCGCCGUCCCCGCGCCACUAUCCGCAACUCCGAAGCGGGACAGCGACGGAAGCUCGGUCGACAGCGAAGAUGGGAUCGAGCAAGAGAUUAUGAAGUUUCUCGAGCAGAAGGCGCAAAUGCUCCAACGUCCGCCCGAAGAACCGUCGACGACGCAAGAAGUCACACAAAAGAAAUCCCAGAGGUUGUCCUUAACAAAGAGGCGCAAAUCCAAAGACGACAAAAGCUCCAGCGCAUCCUCCGUAGGUUCAUCUACCAAUCCUCUGAAGGCACAAAGCCCACCGGAGGCCUUGGAGAGAUCGACGGAGAAAAGCGGGGACAAGAGCAGCUCGCUCGACAGCGACGAGGAUCUCGAUACGGCCAUCAAAGCCCUUCUCAAGACCAAGAAGAAGUCCAAGAAGAUGAGCAGGUCGGAACGCGAUUCCAGAAAACGCCCGAUGGAAAAAGCCGAACAAUCGCGAGCCGCCGCCAAAAAGGCAAAAGUUGAUCAUUUAGCCAAGCUUACCGUUUUGAAAAAGGGCCACAAAAGGAAAAGUGAUUCACCAAAGAGGACCGCUUUGCCAAAUGCGUCGCCAAUCAUUAAGCGACAGAUGAGCCGCGGCGAGAACGACGUCCGAGGUCAUCCGCCCGCAACUGCUCUGCAGAUAAAAGAAGAUAGCAGCUCGGUAGAUAGCGACGACAGCAUCGAGCAGGAAAUUCGAAAGUUCCUCGCAGAGAAGGCCGAGAAGGUCUCAGAAAGAACAAACGACGACGCGGAGGCGCCCAGGAACGGCACCGCGGAUGGCGCCCCGCUGCCACGUGACCUCGAACGGGAUGAUCAGCUGGCUGAAGUUCCGACACAAAGCGUCAAUACGUCGGCUCCGCCCCAAGACAAAGCCGCGCCCUCCGCUCCAGACGGCCCGGCGGUCCUUGCGGUCACCCCGCAGUGGUCCUGCAACCCCAGAACUUCGCCGUGGUCGGGCCGAGCUGAGCAAAAGCCAGUGACACCCGUGAGGGUCGACGACGGACAAACCGAAAAGGUCUCGGCUCUGGAUCAGUCCAUCAAGUGGCGCCAGAGUUUCGGACUCCCCAUCGUCGACCCCAAAAAUUUCAACCGAACGUCAUUUCACAUUAGCACGUCCGCAACGAGAGCCAGUCCGUCACCGGCGUCUCUAGGGAAGCCCAGCGAACUCAAGCCCCCAACGCCGGCCUCUCUCUGGUCCUCAGCCAAACGUUCGUGGUCCACAGACAGAAGCCCGAGGGCCCCUGUGACGAGCGGCGCCUCAAAGCCCUUCGCCGCCGACGGUUCGGCCGGGCAAAGUCCGGGCGCGGCCAGUACGGUGCACGUGCCGCGCGACAAGAGCGUGUUUGUCGAACUGGAGUCGGGUCGGACCAACCACGUCCAGGUGCAGAGCAGGCAGAGCGACGAGGGAGAGGCCAGGGCAGACCAGAGCAGAGCCCUUCCACUCGAGGGAGCUGAUGAGAAGUUUAUAGAUGAGUCAGAAGGUGAGACUCCAGAGAAGAAGCAGAGCACUUUGUCCUUGUCGUACGCCCUGGACCCCGGCAUCGUCAUUCGGCCGUGCAUCGCGCUUUGCUCGGAAGAACGCAGUAGCAUGUUCCGCAAUAGAUACAAGAAAGAGACAUGCAAGAUGCCGAACGUCAAAAGAAGGUUGCAGUUUAUUCCGGUACGCAGGUAGAUGGGACGAGCGAGCGGAACGUGUUGUAUCUGUUAAACAUGUUGAAGAAAUGGUUGGUUUCAUUUCUAGAUGAAUGUCACUGUUGCACAUUUGUUGACUGGUGGGGGACAAAAGUUUUCUCUUCCCUCCGUUAACGUGAAUUUUACCUCCCUGUCGCUGCCAUUUGUUUGGCCGUUGUGUGUUGCCUUUGAAUUGUUUGAGUUGUCUCUUGUUUACAUUUGUUGCAGUUAUAUGAUGUGGUCAAUGCUUGUGUCUUGACAUUUUUCAGACUAAUGUAUACCUUGUUGCACGUUAUUGUAUUAUUAGAAUAUUAAACAUUUUUCUGAUAUGUUUGGGGGGUGGCUAAUAUCCAGAGAGAACAAAAGUAAUACUUUAUUUUCAAUUCAUCUAAGAAUCCAUUUGUAUUGAUAGACAGCUAGUAUUCUGUUUUUGAGUAAAUAUGGUUCCCUGGACACUAUGACAUAAAAGUAGAUUAAAAAAAGUUUUCAAUGGUUAAGUUAUUUAUUGAAUUGUUAGAACGAUUUAAGAACGCUU